AAAAUGGCUUCGAAAGAUCAGGUCGAGAGUUUGACCGAGGAGGUAGUUUGUCCCAUCUGCCUGGAUUUCUUCACCGAUCCGGUGAUACUGGAGUGCGGGCACAACUUCUGCCGCUCCUGUAUCACACAGAGUUGGGACAGGGAGGCGAAAAACACCUGCCCGGAAUGUAGAGACGAGUUUGUGGACCGCACCCUCAGGGUGAAUCGGGCCUUGGCGAGACUGACUGAGAAAGCUCGAGCACUGAGCCUAAAUCUCAAAGAGAAGGAAAGUAAACUUCACUGCGAGAAACAUCAGGAAGAACUGAAGCUGUUUUGUGAAACUGACAAGAAACUGAUCUGUUUGAUAUGUGCAACUGCGCGGGAACACAAGUCUCACAGCUUCGUGCCGGUAGAUGAAGCAAUUGAAUUCUACAAGGAACAGGUGAAAUCUUCUUUCGAAUCUCUCACAGAAAAGAAAUCAGUGAUCGAGCAAAUGGAGCAGGAACAGAAAGAGAAUAUUUCUGGAGUUCAGGAAGAGUCACACAACCUUCAGUCACAGAUCACAUCCCAGUUUGCUGAACUGCACCAGAUAUUCACUGAGAAAGAACGGCGCUUCCUUGGAGAUAUCCAGGAGGAAGAGAAAAAGAUUGUAAAAAGAAUGAAGAAAAAUCUUCAAGAGAUUCAAGAGAAUUUAAAUUCCAUUCAAGAGGAACUCUCAAAGUUACAGGAACAGAUCGACCACAAGGCCGAUGUGAUAUUUCUGAAGGAUGAAGCUGGUCGGGGGAGCAGUGCGAGUGUUGAUACUGAAUCGUUGUCAGUGACAGACGCUGCCCCGGCCUUUGAAACGAUCUAUCGCCCCUUUGUGUUGAACACAAUGAUAACAGAAAUAUCUGAUGCCAUUAAGCGGUGUAGCUUUUCACCUUACGUCUCCGUCACCCUGGAUGUGGAAACAGCGCAUGCGCAGCUCGAGGUGUCUGAGGGAGACCCCAAAGUAUUCUACAGGCGUAAAUCGAUUUAA